CCCUAAUUCUGAUUUGGUUUUGCCUACAUGCCCCUCUCACAUGCAUAUUGUGCCCCUUACCCCUCACGCACAACAGUCGUAGUUUGUUGUAUUGCACACGUAAUUACUAAAAAGAAACUAAACAAAUAUGAUGACGGUGAGAUAGACUGGAUCUUCAAAUGCAUUUUUAUCCAUCUAUUCCAGUGCCUCUUAGUAUUUUUCAGUAGAACCAGCUUCUUCCAGCGCUUGCAUUAUUUUAUGCUUUUGUAAUGUCCCAGCCGAUGCUGAUGCAGCGACAACUGCUCCUUUUGCUGUUCACGAGCUGCUGGCGUGGAAUCACUUCCAGCCCUACAGACGACAGCGCAGCGAAGAGCGGCCAUGGGGAUCGGGACGAGCCGGGAUUUGAAGAACAGCACCAGGAUUCAUACAGCACGUUCGCUUCGGAGUUUUUCGAGUCCAAAUAUAUGACUGAAGAAGGCUAUCCUUUCCCCACCGCACCUCCUGUAGAUCCCUUUGCCAGAAUCAAAGUGAGCGACUGCGGGAUAACCAAGGGUUGCUUCAGGUAUGGGAAGCCAGGUUGUGAUGCAGAGACCUGUGAUUACUUCCUCAGCUACCGCAGGAUCGGGGCUGAUGUUGAGUUUGAGUUGAGUGCGGACACUGAUGGCUGGGUGGCGGUCGGGUUUUCAUCAGAUAAGAAGAUGGGAGGCGAUGAUGUCAUGGGGUGUGUCCACGAUGACAAUGGCAGGGUUCGGAUCCAUCAUUUCUACAAUGUGGGACAGUGGGCCAAGGAGAUCAAUAGGAACCCAGCACGGGAUGAGGAGGGGAUAUUUGAAAACAACCGAGUGACCUGCAGGUUCAAGCGUCCAGUUUAUGUUUCCCGGGAGGAGACUAUUGUGGACCUGCACUUGAGCUGGUACUACCUGUUUGCAUGGGGACCAGCCAUUCAAGGAUCAAUCACUCGACACGACAUUGACACCCCUCCUGUGUCAGAUCACAUGAUCAGCAUCUACAACUACAAGGAUGUCUUUAUGCCAUCAGCAGCCUAUCAGAUGUUCUCCUCUCCCUUCUGUUUACUCCUCAUCGUCGCACUGACUUUUUACUUACUGAUGGGAACGCCGUAAUCCGGGGCGCGCACAGGAACAAUAAAAACAGAAUAAUCAUUUCAAAAGACCGAUGAAUGGAUAUCUGUGAAUCUCUGGCAGCAAUUCGAUUGGAACUUUUCUAUUUACUAUUACACGGGAAGAACCUUUCAGGUAAUUGUAGUGCCACCAUCUAACCAAAAACAUUCAAAAAGCAUUUGUGAAAAUAGCUUCUUAGGCUGUGCCAUUCUCCAAGGCAAGGGACUUUGUUUACAUUGUUUGUUUUAGUGUCCUUGCCUUGUUCUACAGUGCUCUUAGGAAGUUCAUUCUGCAGCAUUA